AUGAAAGAAAUGAUAUAUUCUUUGCAAUCUCUUUGCGGCAGAGAGAAUGCAGCUCCUCUACAGUCAGAUGGGGCUCCGGUGACUCUCGAGGACGUGUCUGUGCAUUUCACUGAGGAGGAAUGGGCUCUGCUGGAUCCGGGCCAAAGAAGCCUUCACAAGGAAGUCAUGGAGGACAAUCGUCAGACUGUGGCCUCUCUGGAUCCACAGAAAAAACCUGAGAAAACACCACAGCAGCUCCCAUUGGAAAGGGAACAGCAGAGAAUAGGCAAUGGAACAAGAUGGGGAAAGGGAAAAGAUUCACCUGCAUCUCAGUGCCCUGAAUCCCAGGAUAUCCUGUCAUACAAAGGAAGAAUUACUUUGCCCAUGUGUGGAAAAAAAUUCAGUUACCAAUCAGUGUUCGAUAUGCACUGGAGAAAACACACUGGGAAGAAACAGUAUAAUUUUAUGGAUUGUCGAAAGAACUCUUCUCAGUGUACAAAAUUUACUGCCCGUAGGCAUAUCCACACAGAGGAGAAGCCAUUUAAAUGCAUGGAGUGUGGAAAGAGCUUUGCUCGGAGUGCGCAGCUUACUAUCCAUCAACGUAUCCAUACAGGGAAGAAACCAUAUAAAUGUGUGGACUGUGGAAAGAGCUUUGCUCAGAGGAAAGACUUCACUGUCCAUAGACGUAUGCAUACUGGUGAAAAACCAUAUAAAUGUGUGGACUGUGGAAAGAGUUUUGCUCAGAGUACAAACUUUAUUAUCCAUCAACGUGUCCAUACAGGGGAGAAACCAUAUAAAUGCACAGGCUGCGAAAAGAGCUUUGCUCAGAGCUCACUGCUUACUUACCAUCAACGAUUCCAUACUGGGGAGAACCUAUAUAAAUGUUUGGAUUGUGGAAAGAGCUUUGCUCGGAGGACACAACUUACUGUCCAUAGACGUAUGCAUACUGGUGAAAAACCAUAUAAAUGUGUGGACUGUGGAAAGAGUUUUGCUCAGAGUACAAACUUUAUUAUCCAUCGACGUGUCCAUACAGGGGAGAAACCAUAUAAAUGCACAGACUGUGGAAAGAGCUUUGCUCAGAGCUCACUGCUUACUUACCAUCGACAUAUCCAUACUAGAGAGAAACCAUAUAAAUGUAUGGAUUGUGGAAAGGCCUUUGUUCGGAGGACGCAACUUACUGUCCAUAGACGUAUGCAUACUGGAGAGAAACCAUUUAAAUGUGGGGACUGUGGAAAGAAUUUUGCUCAGAGUUCAAGCCUUAUUAUCCAUCGACGUGUCCAUACAGGUGAGAAACCAUAUAAAUGCACAGACUGCGGAAAGAGCUUUGCUCAGAGCUCACUGCUUACUGACCAUCGAUAUAUCCAUACUGGGGAGAAACCAUAUAAAUGUAUGGAUUGUGGAAAGGGCUUUGUUCGGAGGAUGCAACUUACUGUCCAUAGACGUAUGCAUACUGGAGAGAAACCAUUUAAAUGUGGGGACUGUGGUAAGAAUUUUGCUCAGAGUACAAGCCUUAUUAUCCAUCGACGUGUCCAUACAGGGGAGAAACCAUAUAAAUGCACAGACUGCGGAAAGAGCUUUGUUCAGAGCUCACUGCUUACUUACCAUCAACGUAUCCAUACUGGAGAGAUACCAUAUAAAUGUAUGGAUUGUGGAAAGGCCUUUGUUUGGAGGACGCAACUUACUGUCCAUAGACGUAUGCAUACUGGAGAGAAACCAUUUAAAUGUGGGGACUGUGGAAAGAAUUUUGCUCAGAGUUCAAGCUUUAUUAUCCAUCGACGUGUCCAUACUGGAGAGAAACCACAUAAAUGUAUGGAUUGUGGAAAGGCCUUUGCUCGGAGGACGCAACUUACUGACCAUAGACGUAUGCAUACUGGAGAGAAACCAUAUAACUGUGUAGACUGUGGAAAGAGCUUUGCUCGUAGAAAAGACUUUACUGUCCAUCGACGUGUCCAUACUGGAGAGAAACCAUAUAAAUGUAUGGAUUGUGGAAAGGCCUUUGCUUGGAGGACGCAACUUACUGACCAUAGACGUAUGCAUACUGGAGAGAAACCUUUUAAAUGUGGGGACUGUGGAAAGAAUUUUGCUCAGAGUUCAAGCUUUAUUAUCCAUCGACGUGUCCAUACUGGAGAGAAGCCAUAUAAAUGUAUGGAUUGUGGAAAGGCCUUUGCUCGGAGGACGCAACUUACUGACCAUAGACGUAUGCAUACUGGAGAGAAACCAUAUAACUGUGUAGACUGUGGAAAGAGCUUUGCUCGUAGAAAAGACUUUACUGUCCAUCGACGUGUCCAUACAGGGGAGAAACCAUAUAAAUGCACAGACUGUGGAAAGAGCUUUGCUCAGAGCUCACUGCAUACUGACCAUCGAUGUAUCCAUACUGAAGAGAAGCCACAUAAAUGUAUGGAUUGUGGAAAGGCCUUUGCUCGGAGGACGCAACUUACUGUCCAUAGACUUAUGCAUACUGGAGAGAAACCAUAUAACUGUGUAGACUGUGGAAAGAGCUUUGCUCGUAGACAAGACUUUACUGUCCAUCGACGUGUCCAUACAGGGGAGAAACCAUAUAAAUGCACAGACUGCGGAAAGAGCUUUGCUCAGAGCUCACAGCUUACUUACCAUCGAUAUAUCCAUACUGGAGAGAAACCAUUUAAAUGUGGGGACUGUGGAAAGAAUUUUGCUCAGAGUUCAAGCCUUAUUAGCCAUCGACGUGUCCAUACAGGGGAGAAACCAUAUAAAUGCACAGACUGCGGAAAGAGCUUUGUUCAGAGCUCACUGCUUACUUACCAUCGACGUAUCCAUACUGGAGAGAUGCCAUAUAAAUGUAUGGAUUGUGGAAAGGCCUUUGUUCGGAGGACGCAACUUACUGUCCAUAAACGUAUGCAUACUGGAGAGAAACCAUUUAAAUGUGGGGACUGUGGAAAGAAUUUUGCUCAGAGUUCAAGCCUUAUUAUCCAUCGACGUGUCCAUACAGGGGAGAAACCAUAUAAAUGUAUGGAUUGUGGAAAGGCCUUUGUUCGGAGGACGCAACUUACUGUCCAUAGACGUAUGCAUACUGGAGAGAAACCAUUUAAAUGUGGGGACUGUGGAAAGAAUUUUGCUCAGAGUUCAAGCCUUAUUAUCCAUCGACGUGUCCAUACAGGUGAGAAACCAUAUAAAUGCACAGACUGCGGAAAGAGCUUUGCUCAGAGCUCACUGCUUACUGACCAUCGAUAUAUCCAUACUGGGGAGAAACCAUAUAAAUGUAUGGAUUGUGGAAAGGGCUUUGUUCGGAGGAUGCAACUUACUGUCCAUAGACGUAUGCAUACUGGAGAGAAACCAUUUAAAUGUGGGGACUGUGGUAAGAAUUUUGCUCAGAGUACAAGCCUUAUUAUCCAUCGACGUGUCCAUACAGGGGAGAAACCAUAUAAAUGCACAGACUGCGGAAAGAGCUUUGUUCAGAGCUCACUGCUUACUUACCAUCAACGUAUCCAUACUGGAGAGAUACCAUAUAAAUGUAUGGAUUGUGGAAAGGCCUUUGUUUGGAGGACGCAACUUACUGUCCAUAGACGUAUGCAUACUGGAGAGAAACCAUUUAAAUGUGGGGACUGUGGAAAGAAUUUUGCUCAGAGUUCAAGCUUUAUUAUCCAUCGACGUGUCCAUACUGGAGAGAAACCACAUAAAUGUAUGGAUUGUGGAAAGGCCUUUGCUCGGAGGACGCAACUUACUGACCAUAGACGUAUGCAUACUGGAGAGAAACCAUAUAACUGUGUAGACUGUGGAAAGAGCUUUGCUCGUAGAAAAGACUUUACUGUCCAUCGACGUGUCCAUACUGGAGAGAAACCAUAUAAAUGUAUGGAUUGUGGAAAGGCCUUUGCUUGGAGGACGCAACUUACUGACCAUAGACGUAUGCAUACUGGAGAGAAACCUUUUAAAUGUGGGGACUGUGGAAAGAAUUUUGCUCAGAGUUCAAGCUUUAUUAUCCAUCGACGUGUCCAUACUGGAGAGAAGCCAUAUAAAUGUAUGGAUUGUGGAAAGGCCUUUGCUCGGAGGACGCAACUUACUGACCAUAGACGUAUGCAUACUGGAGAGAAACCAUAUAACUGUGUAGACUGUGGAAAGAGCUUUGCUCGUAGAAAAGACUUUACUGUCCAUCGACGUGUCCAUACAGGGGAGAAACCAUAUAAAUGCACAGACUGUGGAAAGAGCUUUGCUCAGAGCUCACUGCAUACUGACCAUCGAUGUAUCCAUACUGAAGAGAAGCCACAUAAAUGUAUGGAUUGUGGAAAGGCCUUUGCUCGGAGGACGCAACUUACUGUCCAUAGACUUAUGCAUACUGGAGAGAAACCAUAUAACUGUGUAGACUGUGGAAAGAGCUUUGCUCGUAGACAAGACUUUACUGUCCAUCGACGUGUCCAUACAGGGGAGAAACCAUAUAAAUGCACAGACUGCGGAAAGAGCUUUGCUCAGAGCUCACAGCUUACUUACCAUCGAUAUAUCCAUACUGGAGAGAAACCAUUUAAAUGUGGGGACUGUGGAAAGAAUUUUGCUCAGAGUUCAAGCCUUAUUAGCCAUCGACGUGUCCAUACAGGGGAGAAACCAUAUAAAUGCACAGACUGCGGAAAGAGCUUUGUUCAGAGCUCACUGCUUACUUACCAUCGACGUAUCCAUACUGGAGAGAUGCCAUAUAAAUGUAUGGAUUGUGGAAAGGCCUUUGUUCGGAGGACGCAACUUACUGUCCAUAAACAUAUGCAUACUGGAGAGAAACCAUUUAAAUGUGGGGACUGUGGAAAGAAUUUUGCUCAGAGUUCAAGCCUUAUUAUCCAUCGACGUGUCCAUACAGGGGAGAAACCAUAUAAAUGUAUGGAUUGUGGAAAGGCCUUUGUUCGGAGGACGCAACUUACUGUCCAUAGACGUAUGCAUACUGGAGAGAAACCAUUUAAAUGUGGGGACUGUGGAAAGAAUUUUGCUCAGAGUUCAAGCCUUAUUAUCCAUCGACGUGUCCAUACAGGUGAGAAACCAUAUAAAUGCACAGACUGCGGAAAGAGCUUUGUUCAGAGCUCACAGCUUACUUACCAUCGAUGUAUCCAUACUGGAGAGAAACAAUUUAAAUGUGGGGACAGUGGAAAGAAUUUUGCUGAGAAUAAAGGCCUUACUGAGAAGCCAUAUGAAUUUUCGGACUGUGAAAAUACCUUUGCUAAAAUUACAGAGCUUACUGUCCAUCAACAUAUCCAUACCAGGAAGAAACACUAUAAAUGUGUGAACUGUGGAAAGAGCUUUGCUCAAAGGAAAGACUUUACUGCCCAUCAAUGUAUCCAUACAGGGGAGAAACCAUAUAAGUGUGUGGAUUAUGGAAAGGGCUUUGCUCAGAUGGCACAGUUUACUGUCCAUCAAUGUAUCCAUACUGAUGAAAAGUCAUAUAAAUGUGUGGACUGUGGAAAGAGAUUUGCUCAGAGUGCAAGCCUUAUUAUCCAUCGACGUGUUCCUACAGGGGAGAAACCAUAUAAAUGCACGGACUGUGGAAAGAAUUUUGCUCAGAGUGCAUACCUUAUUAUCCAUCGACGAGUGAAACAAUAUGAAUGUGCAGACUGUGGAAAGAGCUUUGCUCAGAAAGCGCAACUUACUAUCCAUCGACAUAUCCAUACAGGGGAGAAAGCAUAUUAA